AUGAAAGGUAAACCAGACAUCAUAAUUGCCAACAACCAAAAAAAAAACAAUUGUUUCUGCACUGAGUUCAAAUCAUCAACAAAUAUUUACAAAAUAUCUGGUGAACAAUUAAAGAUGAAAAGAAGAAAUGGUCAUAAAUUCUUAAUUUCAAAUGAUUAUGACAUCAUAACAGGAAAAAAUAAAUAUAUACAUGAAAGGAGUGAGAUUCAAAUGCAGACACUACAGUGGGAAUUUAAAAUCGCAGCAACCACUGUCUAAUCCUUUAAAGCAUCUUCAUAAGCGACGUAGAGAUUAAUAUUAUAUAUAUUAGUAUAAUAUAUGGCUGGUAUAAGAAAAUACCAUCUGCACCCGAUUCGAAGGAUGAGCAGAGAAAAUAUGUUUCUAAUGUCCUAAAGGCAAAUAGCUAUACCAAAACUCUUCUCCAUAACUGCCAAAAACCAAUUACAACUAGUAGCACUCCUAAUGAAAAGGAACCAGCUACUGGUUUUGCUGUUAUUCCUUACAUUCUGGAUGUUACGGAACCAUCACGACAAUUUUUAAUAGCCGCAACCUUAAAGUUGCUCAAAAACCUUUUCAGACUUUGGGGCAUAUUUUUGCCAAACAUAAAGAUCUUGCCACGAAAGAACAACGGACCGACGCUAUUUAUUCUAUUCCGUGCAAUGACUGUGAUCACAAGUGUAUCGGACAGACCAAACUUCAGUUCAGUACACGUUUGA